UCCCUGCGAAAGCACGAAGCCCUCCAACAUCCUGCGGCUGAGAACUCGGCGACGACGCCCCCUACGUGGAGCUCGCGAUUCGCGGCCUCCGACGAUCUCUCGAACCCUUCGCCUCCCAUUGAAAGCAUCGCGAGCUCAACCAAUUCCUCUCAUGGCGAUGAUGAUGACCAACACCUCCCGCCCCUCCGCAACCAUCGUUGCAGGUGUCAGAGAGGCUCUUCGAGCGGCAUCGAGAGGGUUUCAUUUUCAUGUAAAUUCUAAUCAAGGAAGCUUCAAGGAUGGUCCACUUUGCAAUAAAAGGAAGAGUAUUGUUCCUUUCAAAUGCCCCAUUAGGCAUAUACCAGUGGCCUACAGCAAUUCUGCAGCUAGCGUCACAUUGAAGGAUCAAUGCAGACCUUCUAUCCAACUAUUAAGGGAAAAGAAGAUAGUUCCUGAUUCAGAUCCUCCAAGCUCUAAGGAUAUGAACCUUCUGUAUGAAUUUUUUGAUCGCAGUGGCAAGGUCAUGGUGUUAACAGGAGCUGGAAUAAGCACUGAGUCUGGGAUUCCUGAUUAUAGAAGUCCAAAUGGAGCUUAUAGUACUGGUUUCAAACCAAUAACUCAUCAGGAGUUUGUCCGUUCAAGCCGCUCCCGGAGGCGAUACUGGGCUAGGAGCUAUGCCGGAUGGAGAAGGUUUACUGCAGCCCAACCAAGUGCAGCCCAUUAUGCCCUAGCUUCUUUGGAAAAGCUUGGCCGUGUCAAUUUAAUGGUCACCCAAAAUGUUGAUAGGUUGCAUCAUCGAGCCGGAAGCAACCCACUCGAGUUGCAUGGAACUGUGUACACUGUAAUAUGUUUAAACUGUAGUACCUCCAUCAGCAGGGAAUUAUUCCAAGAGCAAGUGAAGGCCCUCAAUCCAAAGUGGGCUUCUGCAAUUGAAAGCUUGGGAGGCGGUCCUCCAGGCUCAGACAAAAGCUUUGGGAUGCAACAACGCCCUGAUGGCGACAUUGAGAUUAAUGAGAAGUUUUGGGAAGAAGAUUUUUAUAUUCCUAAUUGCCAGCAGUGCGGUGGAAUGCUAAAACCUGAUGUAGUCUUCUUUGGUGAUAAUGUCCUGAAAGACAGAGCUGAUAAAGCUAUGGAAGCUGCAAGAGGAUGUGAUGCGUUCUUGGUGCUGGGUUCAUCGCUGAUGACAAUGUCUGCUUAUAGACUUGUCAGUGCUGCGCAUGAAGCAAAUGCACCUAUAGCAAUUAUCAAUAUUGGUGAGACGCGAGCUGAUGAUCUUGUAUCCUUGAAAAUAAGCGCGAGAUGUGGGGAGAUACUGCCCAGAUUGCUUGAAAUGGGAAGCAUUGCUGUGCCUAGUCUCAGUUGAAUAGGCGCUUGAGAUAAUCCUGUGCUAUUGUAGUUGGUCUCAAAAAGAGAAUGCUUAGAAGAACUCCGGAGUAUUUAAAUACUGCUUCUUGAUGACACGAAGGAAUUUUAGCAGGCUGCUUGUACUCCAUGCUUAUGUUUAUAUCAUUGGUUCUUUACAACACAACGUGUAAAGAAGUAAAGAUCAAGUAAAUGUACAUUAUUUCGCAUGGGCCCUGCAUAAUGGAGUCCAUUUGUCUUUGGAGGUGACACUUCGGAAUAAAAUCCAAGAAAUAGAUGCUUUGAUGGGUAUCCGGAGACAGUUUUGCUGCUUCA